CAGAGUUCCUAUUGGGUCAACGCGCGAAGCGUCAAGAUGGCGGCAGCGGCGACCUGCGGCACCGGCACCAGGAGUACUGGGUCUGUGGUGGUGGCGGCUAGCAGGAACAACGUCACCAGCUUCCAGCGGAGGGGUCCUAGAGCCAGCGGUACCGACAGCGGCUGCUCUCGACUGGUGUCCAUCGCGGGGACACGACCGUCGGUGCGGAAUGGACAGCUGCUGGUAUCAACCGGGCUCCCAGCCCUGGACCAGCUCCUAGGUGGAGGUUUGGCCGUUGGAACAGUUCUUCUAAUUGAAGAGGAUAAAUAUAAUAUUUAUUCUCCUUUGCUCUUCAAGUAUUUCCUGGCAGAAGGAAUUGUCACUGGACAUACUUUGUUAGUUGCAUCUGCAAAGGAAGACCCUGCUGACAUUUUACAGGAACUUCCUGCACCAUUACUUGAUGAUAAUUGUAAAAAAGAAUGUGAUGAAGACAUAUGUAAUCAUAAAACAGAAUCUAACAUUAAGAUGAAAAUAGCUUGGCGUUACCAGUUAUUACCCAAGAUGGAGGCUAGACCGGUAUCAUCUUCAAGAUUUGGUCACUAUUAUGAUGUAUCAAAAAGGAUACCACAAGAACUAAUUGAGGCUUCAAAAUGGCAUGGAUUUUUUCUUCCAGAAAAAAUAUCAUCAACUCUUAAUGUAGAACCCUGUUCUUUGAACCAUGGCUACAUAAAGCUGCUGCAGUUUAUCCAGAACAUCAUUUCUGAGGAAGGAUUUGAUGGAUCCAAUCCCCAGAAAAAACAGAAAAACAUUUUAAGAAUAGGAAUCCAGAAUCUUGGUUCACCUUUGUGGGGAGAUGACAUUUGCUGGACAGAAAACUGUGACAGCAGUCACAGUCUUACGAAGUUCCUCUAUAUGCUCCGUGGUCUUCUGCGAACCUCUCUUUCAGCCUGUAUCAUCACAGUGCCAACACACCUUAUCCAGAAUAAAGCAAUUAUUGCUCGUGUUACAAACUUGUCAGAUACAGUAGUUGGUCUGGAAUCAUUUAUUGGUUCUGAGCAAGAAACCAACCCACUAUAUAAGGAUUAUCAUGGUUUGAUUCAUAUACGGCAGAUUCCUCAGCUUAAUAACUUGAUUUAUGAUGUAUCGGAUGUCAAAGACUUAGCUUUUAAAUUAAAAAGGAAGCUAUUCACCAUUGAGCGACUGCAUUUGCCUCCAGACUUGUCAGACACAGUGAGCCGCUCGAGCAAACAGGAUCUGGCAGAAUCCGCCAAGCUGCUGGGCCCAGGCUGUGGCAUGACGGCCCGAGGCAAGAAGCACCUGGACUUCUAGUGAUUCCUCCUUAGUGGUUGACGCAGAAUUAUAUGACACUCUAAUUAUGAUUGCUAAUAGCUUAUGUAAAUAUUUUUCUUAACGAUUUGACCUCCAAUCCUUGAAAAACACAGUUAGGAUUGCAAAAUGAGGCCACCAUUCUUCGUUAUUUGAACCAACUUUCUAUACAGCAAUAGUACAGCAGAAAUACUUUCACUUUAAAUUUUGGUUUAUGCUAUAUCUAGAGAAAAUAGAUAAUUUUAUUUUUAAAUAAAAGCAAAUCAAGAUGCCUUACAGUGGUCAUUAGUGUAUGUGUGUUUAAGGCACUCAGUUCAUGGUAAAGUGCAUGUUACAGCAGGUAGCAUAUAAAACGUUAUGAAAUUCAAAAUUAUGUAUGAAAAACGUAUUUUCUCUUCAUUUCUGAAAAAGACACCUCCCACCAAAAAUGCUAAGGUUUUUUUAAGAAAUGAAAAAAUUUGUUUGCUAAUAUAUGAAGACUAAAAUAAAAUGAAUUUGCAUUUAUGCAUCCUGUUAUGAAAUUGAUGAAGACAAGAUAGUAUUUUGGGAUUAAGACUCCAUUAAAAAUAAUUAGUCUGCCAUAGUAGUUAAUAAAUAUAAAGAACUUGAGUGAUAGAAAACUUAGACAAAGAAGUAGAUGGUCUCUGUUUAAACAAUUAAAGUUCACACUGUGAAAUUAUGUCAAUAGACAUAAUUCAGGAUUGAAAUUCAAACCGACAGCUACAUUCAUGCUAGGAUACUGGGGGAAAACAUGUAUUGAAGCUUGGUGAGAGAUUUUUACAAAACAUCGGUCUGAGACAAAGUAUAAAAAAGCUAACUCGGAUUUCCAUUGCAUCAGGUAAAACCCUUUGUUAAUUAUGAACAUUGGUAGGUGUGUACAUUUAUAACAAUAUAAACAUGUCUUUGUGGAUAUAUUGAACUCGUUUUCAUAUGAAAUACUAGUUUUUUGAAUCAUAGUUCCAUAUUCUCAAAGCUUUUGACAAAUAGUAGACAAAAAGUAAA